AUGCUUAUCGGCUUAUGUGGAGGGAUCUGUGCGGGCAAGCAUGCCAUUGCGGAGUACUUGAUCCAGCACCAAGGGUUUCAGCUCUUGGAGCUAGUUAACCAUUCACGUCAUCGCAUUGCCGACGAGCCAGAUGAUGAUCUGCGACUUCAGGCAUCGGAGAUAAAAAAACACGGAGAGCCUAAAGCCGAAUAUAUGUUUGACACUGCGGAAUCUCUCGUAGACUUUGUGACCAAGAGAUGGCAGGAGCGUUGGGUGACUACAGACAUCUCGGACGGACCGACCCUGGACCGCUUUCUCCUACGGCCGUUUUUCCUUCUCGUGAGCGUGGAUGCUCCAGUUAGCCUUCGCUGGAAACGAUUCUCUGAAAGAUGUAAGCGAAGGCAAUUGGAUCCUCCAGAUCUCGAGAAAUUCGUCCUGUGGAAUGAUCGUCACCUGUACCAAAAGGAUAUUGGGCGAGUCUACCUUACAGAACGGGCCCAAGUGCGCCUUUUCAAUUCCUCCUCAUCUCUGAACGAGCUUCAUCAAUCACUCCAAACACUGAAUCUAGCGGAUGAACAACGACUGCGACCAAACUGGGACCAAUACUUUAUGCAACUGGCAUCCCUUGCGGCACAGAGAAGCAAUUGUAUGAAACGACGAGUGGGGUGUGUUGUUGUUCGAGAGCGGCGGGUCAUCAGUACGGGCUACAACGGUACCCCUCGGCAUCUUCCCAAUUGCAAUGAAGGUGGAUGCCCCCGGUGUAACCGUGGCGAUGGUGGAGGAGUUAGCUUAUCCGCCUGUCUAUGCCUCCAUGCCGAAGAAAAUGCGCUAUUAGAAGCCGGUCGGGAGCGUAUUCGAGAGGGCGCAAUCCUCUAUUGCGAUACGUGCCCGUGCUUGACUUGCACCGUCAAAAUUACCCAGGUCGGCAUCUCAGAAGUUGUCUACUCACAGAGUUACAACAUGGACAAAGAUAGCGCUGCCAUCCUUGAGGCUGCAGGUGUACGCUUACGACAAUUUAGCCCGGUUGUCAAGGUUGUCAGCUUUUGUUUUCUGGGAGAAAUAUUCAUCAUGCCCACCGUUCACCUCUUGGACUAUGUUGCGGGUAACAUCCGUUCCUUGGUAAAUGCUAUCAACCAAGUUGGAUACGAGGUGGAAUGGAUCAAGUCGCCGGAGGAUGUGAAGAAUGCGGAUAGAUUGAUCCUCCCUGGCGUCGGACACUUUGGUCAUUGUCUCUCGCAACUCGAGAAAGGCGGCUUUCUGGGCCCGAUCCGUGAACAUAUUGAUGCGGGCAAGCCGUUCAUGGGUAUUUGUGUCGGUCUGCAAGCACUCUUCCAGGGCUCUGAAGAAGAUCCCAAUGUCCCAGGACUUGGUUUGAUUCCCGUCCGCAUCCAAAAAUUCGAUGAUUCAACCAAGAGCGUGCCACACAUCGGGUGGAACUCGGCAUUGAACACUGGAGCCGCCUCGAAAGACCAAAGCUUUUGCGGACUGAGGCCAUCAAGCAAGUACUACUAUGUACACUCCUAUGCCGCGCUUUACGAGCCUGGCGUGCUGGAGAAAGAUGGCUGGUCAGUUGCCACAGCUACCUAUGGUGAACAGGAGUUCAUCGGUGCAAUUAGCCGAAACAAUAUCUUUGGCGCGCAGUUCCAUCCCGAAAAGAGCGGAGUAGCAGGACUGCGGGCCAUCCGAGCUUUUCUGACUGGUGAUCAAUUCCAGUCACUUCCCCAGGAGUUGGUUGUGGGCAAGGCAGAUGGACUGACUCGGCGCGUGAUUGCCUGCCUUGAUGUGCGGACCAAUGAUUCCGGUGAUCUUGUCGUCACAAAAGGAGACCAGUAUGACGUGCGUGAAAAGAGCGGAGCAAAUGCUGGUGGCGAAGUCCGAAAUCUGGGCAAGCCCGUUGAUAUGGCCAAGAAGUAUUACGAACAAGGUGCAGAUGAGGUGACGUUCUUGAAUAUCACAUCCUUCCGAAACUGCCCGCUUGUGGACACACCCAUGCUUGAGAUUCUACGCCGAACAUCGGAAACAGUGUUUGUACCCCUAACUAUCGGUGGUGGUAUUAAAGACACCGUGGACACCGACGGCACUCAUGUCCCUGCGUUGGAUGUGGCGACAAUGUAUUUCAAGUCCGGCGCAGACAAAGUCAGCAUUGGUUCGGAUGCAGUUUUUGCCGCUGAGGAAUUCUACCUAGCUGGCAAGACUCUGAGUGGUCGUACAGCAAUUGAGACAAUCUCCCAGGCCUAUGGAAAGCAAGCUGUGGUGGUAAGCGUGGACCCCAAGCGUGUCUACGUGGACCGACCUGAGGAUACUAGCCACCACACUCUUAAAACCGCGUACCCCAAUGCUUCAGGGCAGAACUAUUGCUGGUAUCAGUGUACUGUCAAAGGUGGUCGGGAAACUCGCGAUAUUGAUGUGCGACAACUGGUGCAGGCCGUUGAGGCUAUGGGAGCGGGAGAAAUCCUCUUGAACUGCAUUGAUAAAGACGGAAGCAACAGUGGGUUUGAUUUGGAGCUCAUCAACGACGUGAAAGCCGCGAUUAAAAUCCCCGUUAUUGCUUCAAGUGGUGCAGGAAACCCCGGCCAUUUUGCAGAGGUCUUCAGCAAGACCACUACGGAUGCCGCGCUGGGAGCCGGCAUGUUUCACCGCGGAGAAUAUACCGUCAACCAAGUCAAGAAUUACCUGCAGGACGACGGAUUCUUGGUGCGACAAUUCGAAUCCGAGCUCUAA